AUGAAGGAGAUUACAAAUCCUAAGGGGCCGCUCUUUCCCAAGUGGAGAAUGAUAUUUUUAGUGUCAUGUCUGUUUGCUGUACUAUUGGAUCCUUUGUUCCUCUACAUAUAAUUACCUAUGAUCAAUGAUGAUGCCAAGUGCCUGAGUUUGGAUAGAAACUUGAAGAUAGCAGCUCCUGUCUUCCGAAUGGUCACAUAUGUCUUUUACAUACUGAAUAUUAUUCUUCAAGUUUAUAAAUCCAAGAAAUGGUUAGCUUUCAUCAAUGCAUUUCGGUCAGGAAGUUGCUCAUCCGUGUUAUCUAACUUGAGGAGUAUCUCACCAAGCAUAGCUAAGACAAUGUGGAAGUCAUACAUAUUAAUCGAUGUUUUCGCUGUUCUUCCCCUUCCACAGGUAAGAGAAGGCCUCUUUUCAAAAAUGAGGGGCGUGAGAUCUUUGAAUACAAGGAAGCUUCUGAGCUUUCUUGUUCUGGUGCAAUAUGUUCCACGGGUCCUUCGCAUCUACCUAUCGUGCAAGGAACCUAAAAAGUCUUCCAAAGAAGAGAUUGCAACAUGGGUCAAAGGUGUACUCAACUUCUUUAUGUACAUCCUUGCCAGUCAUGUACUUGGAGCUUGUUGGUACUUUUUUGCUAUUGAAAGACUCACAAAUUGUUGGCAACAUGCCUGUCAAAAUGAAAAUGGAUGUGUUCCUAGUACCUUUGACUGUCACGAUCACAAUUCACUGAGAAAUACAACAUCACUGAAUGACUUAUGCCCAGUAGAUCCACCAAAUGCAAAGUUGUUUGAUUUUGUUAGAAUUUGUGGCUUUGAUACCACUUUUGGAAUUUGGUGCGGAAGCUUUAGUAGUAGUGGGCUAGGAUAAUGUGUUUAUGAAAAGAUAUUUAGGAGCUAGAAGUUGGGAGAAGAUGUGAUUAGAACAACUAUAUUAGGAGGAUUUGAUUUUGAGGAGAAGUAGAGGAGGGAAUGGAACUUUCAAUUGUAUUGCCUAACUUGCUUCUUGUUCUUUCUUUUUCUCUCUUCCAUUCUUGAUUACAAUGGUACAUCACAUAUUUAUAGACCUCGAUGGAUCAUUCUAGACCUUCCUAGACUUGUUAGAUAUUCUAGACCUUGAUUACACUAAUUCCAUGAUUAAUUUAGAACCUUGUCACAAUUUCAUGAUAAUUCUAGAGACUUCCUACACCUACUUACAUGAUAACUCUAGAAACUUCUUGAACUAGCUAAAAUGUUCAUUCUAGAUCAUAUUCUAGAUUACUCUAGCAACUCUUGGACUUCUCUUGAUUGAUGGAGAUUAUUUUAGAUGAUCAAUGUGCAUUAACUUUCAACACUCCUCCGUAAUGCACAUUGAUGAUGCUCCGAGCAAUCUCGUAGCAAUUCAAGUCUUGAUCUUGGAAGUGCCUUGGCCAAGGUGUUCUCGCUCUUGCUUUCUUUUUCCAUGGCCUUCCUUCUGCUUUCUUCUUCAUCGCAACUUCAAAACUUUUUGGUUGUGGAGGAUUUCAACUCCCUACUUUAUUUGCUUGACGUGGUAGAGUCCUCGACUGCUUUUUCUCUAGGAAAAUAUUUUUCUUCUUGACUUCUGCUCUCAUGGCCAUUUGUUGCCAUUGGAUGGGGAAAUUUCUAUUUUUCAUCCUUAUUUUGAAUAUCAACCUUCUUUUCUUGUCAAAUAUUUUGCAGAAGUCUCCAUGAAAUAAUAUAGCAUAACCAUUUUCCAUCAUUUGUCCGACACUUAGGAGAUUAUGCUUCAAGCUAGGAACUAAUAGAACAUCAUUAAUCUUUUUAGUUCCUAAAUUAGUCGGGAUGGAAAUCGUACCUUUGCCUUUAGUUUUCACAAUUUCUCCAUUUCCUACUUUCACUUGAGACUUCUGUGAAGUAUCAAGUUUGGAGAAAAUGGUUUUGUCUCCAGACAUAUGAUUGCUGCAGCUGCUAUCCACGUACCACUUCGUGACAUGCAUAGAAGAGUUGCUCAUCUUGCUCAUUUUCUUCUGAAAAAUCUGCUCAGUGAUUUUUCUUGAGGAAACAAUUUUCGUCAAUAUGACCAAAUUUGUUGCAGUUUCUGCAUUUUGGUUUUGCCCGAAACCAACAAUAUUUUUCUUGAUGAUUAUUUUUGUGGCAGAUUCCACAUGGAGAAUAAUUUAUUUUCUCGUUUAUAUCUUUUUUAUUUGCCCAAUAUUUGGGUCUAUCUCCUCCUCUAAAAAAUUCUUCAAACUUCUUUCAUUUUUCUGAGAUCGAAUAUUGAGUUUAGAUCGGAAUGCACUUUCUAUAGGACUUUCAUUCCGACUACUCAAUCUUUUCUCAUAAGCUUCUAAAGAGCCUAUUAAUUCUGUCACCGAAAUAGUUGUCAUGUCUUUAGAAUUUUCGAUGGCAGUAACUAUUGGGUCAUAUUUUUCAGUGAGGCUAAUGAGUAUUUUUUCAACUACUCUAGUCUCACUAAUAUUUUCACCAUAGGCUCUUAAUUGAUUUACUAUUUCCUUUAACCGGGAAUAGUAAUCUUUUACGAUCUCAGAA